UUAAAAAAACUCACGAACAGAUGCUAAAGCUACAAGUAGAACGAUGAAGGUCUAUUUGCUCUUAUAUAAAAUUGAAAACCUCAUCUGUUGAUUUCUAAAGAUUUAUCACCAGACACCAGUCUUCUUAUUGUCAAAUUAUUGCCGCCAUCAAUUGGAAAAUUUUCAAUUAACCUAGAAAGCGCACUUGGCACUCUCCUCAAUUUGUCUCUCUCUCUGAGAUUGAUAAGUGAAGAAUUUAACCCCUCAGCAUUUUUCCCUGUAAAAGUGAGAUUUCUCAAGUAAAUUCAAAAUGGCUCAGAUCCAGUAUUCGGACAAGUAUUUUGAUGAUACCUACGAGUACAGGCAUGUGAACCUUCCACCAGAAGUUGCCAAAUUGCUUCCUAAGAAUCGCCUUCUCUCUGAAAAUGAAUGGCGUGCAAUUGGGGUUCAGCAGAGCCGAGGGUGGGUUCAUUACGCAAUUCACCGCCCAGAGCCUCACAUCAUGCUCUUCAGGAGGCCACUGAACUAUCAGCAGCAGCAGCAGCAGGAAAACCAGGCUGGGGAAAACAUGGUUGCCAAGGGAUGAUUCCUUGCUCAGGUUUUCCACUUUUCUGACGUCUGAUUGUAUUGUUGCUCUCAUAAGCUCAUUUCUGCUAGAAAUGAACCCAUUUUAUGAAGAAAUUUGUGUUCUGGGAGAAUGUCAGAAGUGUUAUAGUGCUGUGGUGUGAAGAAUUUCAAUGUCGAAACUUCUGUUUCAAAGACUUUGAUGUCGAACUGGUACCUGAAAUGUAUUUGUAAUAUUUCAAAUUCACUAUUGAAGCCUUGAUAGUUCUCAGUUGGUGGAUUCUCAUUUAUCUUUUUGCUUUAUCUUGUUCUUGUACCUUCUGGUCCUCGGCUAUUAGUUAAUAAAUUGUUUUUGGGCCCAGCAUUUAGCGUGUGUAUCUCAUUCUCUCUUCUAGAUUUCCAUAAUCUGAAGUGAUGUUGAGAAAGAUACUGAAAUAAUUAGUAAUAUCUUCUGGUGUAGCCAGUCAAUUUCAUCGUU